AUGGGCCGCAAGACCAACUACUUCAAUGCCAUCUGCAAGAUCCUGCCAGGCGGCACUCGUUUAGCUGACUACAUGUCAAAGACUGUUACGAUACUUAGUCCAAUCCCCGAGAGCAUGGGCAUUUUUAACAAGUUUGAAGACAAACUUCCACGAAACCCAUCACAGCAGAGUGAGAAAAGCGCUGAGCGCCCAGGACUCAACUCUACCAACAGCAACGGACCAGCUGCAGCCGCGAACUUGAACGCCGCUGCCUCCAACCUGAACGCCGCCGCAACUAACCUGAAGUCACAAGACUCCAACAGCAACAUUCGAAGCAACAGCAAGAGCCCAAGCCGCAACACAAACACCAACACCAAUAACACCAACAUGACAUCCCGCGUUCAGAGCAGCGUCGGUGGCACGCGCGCCAGCGCAGAGGAGGACAGGUCCGCGAAGCAAGGUACCGCUCGCCUCGUCACGAUCGGAAAGUCCGGCCGCCAAUCGCCCUCCUCGGACGACUCGUCGUCGGGAGGGUCGAGCGACUAUGACCGGCUCUCCCUUAGGUCUUCUGAGACUGACCGUAGCCUCUCAGAUACCAUGAAGAUUGCCUCCCCGCGUGACAGCGGGUACAGCAGCAAUGGCGACUCCAGCAACAAUAACUCCAACGAGUUCUUCAAUGAUAACAAGACCAAUACCAACACCACCAACAACAACCCAUACAAGUCCUCCGGGCAGCAGACCCAAUCUGGUGGAGGCAACACCAACAACAACAAUGCUUCCGAUGUCAGCCGCAAUGCUCGCGGUGGUGUGACGAACGGUUCUGGAAUGGACGAUCGUGAAGAUGACAAGAUCCCCUCUGCCGGUGGCCAGAAGCUCGGUGGCACUGGUCGAACAUCUCCCAACAACAACCGCCGGGUUGGACCAAGCGACCUCGUCAACCAGGCUGACAAGUCCCGCAACGGCGGCUACGACUCGGGUCGAGACUCUUUCGACCAGGGCGGCUCCGUCAACAACAACAAUAGCCGAGGUGGAAACAACAACCGCAUGGACGACUUCGAUGAGCCACCGCCACCAAGGAACAACAACUCCAACAACACCCGUGGUGGUGGAGGUUCCUACCGCGGGGGUAACAACAGCUACAACUCUCGCGACUCCUUCGAUGAGCCAGAGCCACCUCGAUCCAACUUCCGUGAGGAUUCUUACGGAGGUGGCCGAGGAGGAGGCAAUGGCGGCCGCGGGGGAGGUAACUCCUACGGCGGCGGCGGCAUGUCUCGCGGCGGCGGUGGAGGCGGUUGGAACAACAACUUCAACGACCGUGAUGAGACUCCUCCACCACCUCGCGGAGGCAGUAACAAUUCCCGCGGUGGCGGCGGAGGCGGUUAUGGCGGCGGCUACGAUGAUUCAUUCAAUGGUCGCAACAACAACCGAGCCAGUGGCAACUACUCCAACGAGAGAGAGGCUCGACAGCUUGGCGAAGAUGACGCCGCUCGGGAUGCCAUGCGCGACAUGAACCUUAACGACAACAACGGUCGUGGCGGAGGUUAUGGCGGCCGUGGCAACAACAAUGGAGGAGGUCGAAGCAACGGAGGAGGCCGCAACUUCAACAACUAUGAUGAUGAGGACGAUUACCGCAGCCCACCACCACAGAACCGUCGAGGCGGAGGUGGAGGUGGAUACUCCAACAACUCCAACGGUGGAGGAUAUGGCAAUGGGGGAGGCAACAAUGGUAUGACAUUUCAUCAUUCUUAUCAUACCAAACCGAGAUCUUACAAUGUCGCAGGUCGUGGCGGAGGCAGCAACAACUACAACAGUCGCAACAACAACCGCGACAGCAUGGACUUCGACAAUGCCCCAGUAAAUAACAACUACAACAGCGGCCGUGGCGGCGGCGGCGGCGGGUCGAACUACGGCGGAGGCCGUGGCAAUGACAACUAUGGCUCUCGCGGAGGUAACAACCGCGACAGCUUCGGCGGCGACUCUCCACCACCACAGAGGAACAACAAGACCACCGGUAGUGGUGGCGGUGGUGGCAGUGGCUUCGGUACCGAACGCAAGAUGGACAUGGCCUACGACGCCGGCUACCGCGACGCCUUGGAGAAGCUCAAGAAGGGCAUGAUGAACCAGUUCCGCGACUAG